CAUAUAUUUUCCAAGGGUUUUCAGCAAAUAUUGAUAAACUUUCGUACACCACCAUCUACGUUUGUCGAAGGCAUAGGAAUGCAGCAGAAUAUCUGGAACUCACCGCAGGUGGGUGGUUCCGGUGGUGCCCUGAAGGCCUUGGCCCGCAAUGUGGCCAAUCAUCUGAAGCUGAACCGGAGCAGCAUGAAGCGAGUGGUGGCCCAGGUGGUGGCGGAGCAUCAUACCCUCGGCGAGGUGGCCGAUUACAAGGGACACAUGUACUUUGCCAAGCCGGAUCGCUUGAAUUUCAACGAGCUGAUUGCCCAGUCGAAGGAGGCCUUCGAUGAUCUGCUCCUCCACGAACCGCGUUCAUCCAGGAAGCGAACCACCAAGUCACGGUCAAGGAAUCCAACCAGCUCUAAGAUUCACCUGCAGAAGAAGGUCUCACCACCACAAUUGGCAGCCCCAGCAAAGAAGUCGUUAAUAGCCAAGAAGCCUGCUCCACCGAUGCAGAGGAACAAGCGCCGAAGGAAGAGCUCCACCACCAUUUUCCAGCUGGCGGAUGCAGGUCGUCGCAGUCUGAACGGAGUCAUCAUCGACGACACGCAUUUGCCGCACGAUGGUGAACGACGGGAGAUCCUGUUGCAUGUUCCUUCGGCGCUAGUCAAGCGUUCCCGCAGGCGCCUCCGAGCUUCCCAGACCAAGGUUUCCUCGGAGAAAGGUCAAGUGCAGAAGCCGGGAAAGGAUCAGGCUCAGAAGGUGGAAGCGAAGAAAAACAAGUCACAAAAGGAGCUAAUCCAGGGGAAAACACAAAAAAUGCAUAUACCAGAAAAGAGGCUUCAGAAGUAUCGGAAGACAAUGAAACAACCCCAAACGGUGAAGAACCCACAGGAGCAGAAGCAGGAAAAACCCCUGGAGGAGCCGUUACGCAGUCCAUCUCGCUCACCUACUCGCUCCCGAUCGAGGUCACCGACACAUCGAUCGAGGUCACCGACACAGCGAUCGAGGUCACCGACACAGCGAUCGAGGUCACCGACACAUCGAUCGAGGUCACCGACUCAUCAAUCGAGGUCACCUACCCAUCGAUCGAGGUCACCAUUAGCCUCUCCAACAAGUCGAUCUCCGUCUCCAUCUCGUACCCUAGUCGCAAAUCAAAAAUAUUCAUCAGCUCAUAAAUUGGACACACCACUUCGCUCGCGGGAAUCUCAAAAGCAGAUAGUGGCCUUUGGUAGUGUCUUCUAUCAGCGCAUAAAAGCGGGAGACGCCCAAAAUCAAACUUCGAAACUUCCCAAGACCAAGUUCAGGUCGAAGUUGAGGCCCCACAAGAAGAAACUUCCUUUGCUGCUCAGGACCUACGAAAAGCCCUGGCUAAUAAGACGCACCAAACGAAGGCUGGCUGGAGGAUCGCAUAAGAACAAAAGGAUAGGAGCUGUGAAACCGCAGAGGCUGGAUAAUAUAGACGUGAAAUGGGAGGAGACGGUGGAUAAGAAGGAGAAAACCGAACAAUCGGCGAGGAGCAGCAAGGAGGAGGUAAAAAAGAAAAGCUUGGCCAACAUCAGGACCCAGAAGAGGAGCACUCACGUUGGCCGUCAAAUGCGCAACGUGAACUUUCCGUGGUACACUCCGUACCAAUUUCAAGGCGGUGCCGGAGCAACCCAGACACCAAAUGCAGCGGUCGCCAUUCCGCCCUAUCGAUUGCUGAAAGCGAAAACCAACCAACUCCAGCAAAGAUUGAUGGCGAUCCAACCUCCCAAGCCAAGUGUGGUGCCCCAAAUGCGACGUGGCCAGAAUUUCACCAGUCGCCAGAGACACAAUCGCCGGAUGCAGGAGCGUCUGAUGAGGGACCUGCAACGCGAGGAGGCCAUCGAUGAGCCGUGGUCCAAUGGAUCGGGCGUGUUUCGCCGGUGUCGCGGUGGCUGGAGUCCCCCGGAAAAAGCUAGGACCCCCGAAAAGCCCAUGAAACCAGAACAACAAAAGAAGGAGCAACAGCAGGAUCAUCGCUCUGUGGAGCGCGUGAGCUCGCGGAUAAAGCGUUUAUCCAACGACAGACGCUGCCGCCAGCCCAUCGCCACCAGUGAGCGGAUCGUGAUCCCGCCGCCCAAGGCAAGUCAUCCGAAUGCCAGUCCCCGGAAUGGCCGGGUCCGGCGGAGAUUCCGUUCCGUUCCGGUGGACAGCAGCCUGGGCAGCAUCGCUCUGAUGGGCCAGCCGCAGUCGCAGACGCAGUCGCAAGCGAACAACAAACAGACUCUAACGCCGGCCAAACGCCAUCUGUCUAUUGCCUUCAUGAACAAGAGAUCGGAGCGAACCAAUCCAGCCAUUCAGCCAUGGAAAUAGGGCUUCUCUGCCCCUUGAUUUUGAUCAGUUAGACGGUUGAAUGACUCUGGUCCACACGGUACACAACUAUUCCAUUCUUUGGCAGUCACUUUUCCAACGAUGCUGGAUCUCUACAUUCUGUUUUCUUUUUUUGUUGGAUCUAAAUAAAUUAUCAAGUUGGAAUGCCGAUUGGAUGGCAUUAUUUCCACAUUAAAUAUGCUUUAUAA